ACCCGCGCCUCAUCCGCAGCAAACGUGGGACAUGUGCUCGUGUGCUCGACGGUUUGCCUCUGAGACGACGCGGCCAUGGCGCUCGCCCUCCUCUCACCCGCAGUCCCCCAUCCACGGCGUAGCCUCAACUCUCCGCCACUCGCGCGCACCACCACCUCCAACACUGGUUUUUCCUUCUUCACCCCCUCCUCUUCUCCCGCCUCCCGUUGGUACUCCUUCCAGAGGACCAGCUCCACGGGCAGAGGUGACGGCACCGUCUUGUCAGAAGCACCGCGCGACGGAUGGCUCGAUGCAGACCUCCUCAGGAGGAUCUCUGGCGCGGGGGACGCGGACCAGGCGCUGGACAUUAUCGCGGGGUCGGUUGGAGGGGCGGACUCCGGCCGUUCGAGAGCGUCUCUCGACGCGUCCGAUUGCCACGCCAUACUCGCGGCCGCGCUUGACCGGGGCAACGUCGAUCUCGCGCUUUCGGUGUUCGAGGGAAUGCGGUACGGCUUCUCGCAAGGUGAGUGCUGGAGCUGGGCGAGGCCGGAUGCGCGGACUUAUGCGCUGCUAGUCCAGCGAUUGGCAGCGGCUCUGCGUGUCUCUGAUGCUAUCAGGAUAAUCGAUUAUGUGUCCGGCGCAGGUGCAUCUUCUGCAGAGGAGUUCUUUUUGUUAUUGCAGGUCCCAUUUGGGAUAACUGUUCGCUGUCCAACCUGCACAGUAGCAAUUGCUGUUGCGCAGCCUCAGCAUGGAACUCAGGUGGUUUCUUGUUCUAAGUGCCGGUACCAAUAUGAACUAUUUUCCGGACAAAUUACAAGCAUCGAGUCUGAAGAAGUUAGCAUGGACAUUUCAGCUCUGGAGAAGGCCUUGCGGUUCAUAAAUGUGAUGAAAGAUGAUCUUCCAGCUGCUGUUCACUCUAUCCUGAUCCAGACACCCUCAGGAAUAGCCCGUACACAUAGGUUUGCUACCAAGACAGUGGAACUGCCUGCUCAAGAAGGGGAACGAGUGACCAUUUCCUCGGCUGCCCCAACCAAUACUUAUCGUGAGAUGGGUCCCCUCAAGAUUGCAGCACGCUCAAAAGGGUUCGGACCAGGAGAACCUAUGUGCCUCACUAAUCACAUCAGCGGACAGGUCUCAAAAUUGCUAAGAGCGCCAUCAAAGAAUGCGGGACCAUUUGUUCUUACUCCAUAUCUGUUUGUCGGUGCUCUUGCUUUGCUUGCUUCUGGUGAUGCUGUUUCUGCGUUCAUUGAUCCAAGUCUCCCUAGACUAAUUACAGCAACUGCCAUUGCAUCAGCUGCUGUAGGAACAACUCUAAACCAAGUGAUCCUGCCAGAGACUCGAAAGCUUCCACAAAAGGCAAUAGACAUUGUUGCUGUACGGCAGCAACUCUUAUCUCAGUAUGACAUGCUUCAGAGUCGUCUUAAGGAUCUGAAACAGCUUGCUGAAAAAGAGGUCUGGAUGCUUGCAAGAAUGUGUCGGUUGGAGAACAAGAUAUUAUCAGUAGGCGAACCAUCAUAUCGUGCUCGACGAGGUAGAGUGAAGAGGGUCCGAAAGAGCUUGGAAACUACUCUGUCGACAAAGAUUGAGCUGAUGGAAAGUUACGCAAAAUUAUGUUCUAUGAUUGAAAUUGAAGUUGAGAUGGACUCUGAUGUUAUCGUUGCUGAAGCAGCAAGCGGUGCAGAAAGAAUAUCCGAACAAAUACAACAAUUAAUGGAGAUUGAUGGUCUUGAAGAGCAAUGGCGUAUACAAGCUGAGGCUAAUGAUGAAGCAGAAAGGCUUCUUAGUUCAGAUUCUUCGGAAGCAUUGUCUGCUGAGAAUGUAUAAUAAAAGUUUGCAGCUACCCCAACAACUUCUGGGGUGUAAAAGGUGGAGACCAUAGGCCCUAGAGAUACAACAAAAUUUGGGCCGGCUCACGCAACGGCUUGAGUGGAGCGCUGCAGAAAAAAAGGCCUAUGACUGAGAAGCUGGGAAAUAGAUGCUUCUCCAAGCAUCUGACACUCCAAACUUCACUUUUGUUUCCUACAUUUCUAGGUAUAAGAUGUUCUAGGUCUGUCCUGUGUCAAACUCUUCAAAUAUUGACCGAAUUUAUAGAAAAGUUUACUAACAUUUACAACUUCAAAUUAGUUUUAUCAAAACAAGCAUGGCAUAUAUAUUUUCAUAGCAUACUUAUUAA